GUGCUGCGGUUCGUGCUGUCCCCCGAAGCGAAGGACCUCCGCCCCCUCCUCGUCUCCUGGCUCUCCACUGGCGCCGACCUGCUCCUCCGCGACCGCGCCCGCAAGGCGCUCGCGCUCGCGCCCUCCCUCGCGCCCCGCCUGCCGCUCCUCGGCGCGCUGCCGCUGCCGCCGGCGCCGCCGGUGUUCGUGCCCGGGCUCGGGCUGAUCGGGCUGCAGGCGGCGGUCGACCUUCUGGCGCCGCCGCUGGAUGCGGAGGAGGGCGUGUAUUUGCAAUCCCUUAUCGAGCUCGCCGGCGGCGUUCUCGGUGUCCCCGCGGCCCAAUUGGAUGCCCCUGACGCAUCCCUGCUUUUCGGCCUGUUUGCCAACCCCGGGGACCAGACUCGCGAGCUCGCGGCGGCGCUGCAGGCCGUCGCCGGCGACGCAGAGAGCGGCGCCGCGGCGGCGGCGGUGGCGGCGGACGUGGCGGAUGCCGUCGCGGGCGCGCUCGCGGCGCGCGCGGGGGUGCCGGUUGACACGCUCUUCCCGCUGCGCGCGCCGGUGCUCGCGCGCGUGCGCGCGCAGCUGCCGACGCCGGCGCAGAGCCCUGCGGGCAGCAUGAUGAGCUUUGAGGAGGCGGCUGAUGGCAACGUUGAGAGCGGCGCCGACGCGCGGCCCGCGGCGGCGGCGGCGGCGGCGGCGGCGGCGGCCGGGGCCGGGCAGCGGCCGCAGGGGCGGGAGCAGCAGGGGGAGGCAAAGGGGCAGCCGCGGCAGGUGGCGAUGCGGGAGCUGUCGGUGACGUCAUCGAUGGAGGAAACAGAGGUGGUGGAGGUGCCCGCGCGGCGCUGA